AUGGUAGUCACUCAACUGCAAACUGAGGCUCUGAGCCAACUCUGCUCCAAAGAUCAGCUCGAUUUACUGGACUCAAUCGACCAGCUCCGUUCCGAGGGGAUCAACAACUAUGUCUCCCUCCCUCAAAUCAUUGUCUGCGGUGACCAGUCGGCCGGGAAGUCUUCCGUCCUUGAGGCCAUCUCUGGCGUGUCCUUUCCUGUACAGAGCAACACUUGCACACGGUUCCCUACCGAGCUCAUACUCCGUCGAACGCCUCAGGACAGCUCAAAAGUGUCUAUCGUGCCACAUGCAUCGCGGACCGAGGCAGAGAGGCUCUCACUCUGCAAGUUCCGAGAGGAGCUGGAAGGCUUCGAUGGGUUGGGCGAAAUGAUCGAGGCUGCCAAGCUUGCUAUGGGCAUCCACACACGUGGGAAGACAUUCUCAAGGGAUUUGCUGAGGAUUGAAAUCACCGGGCCGCAACACCCGCACCUGACCAUUGUCGAUCUGCCUGGCUUGAUUCAUUCGGCCACGAAAAAUCAGACUGAUGAUGACGUUGUUCUGAUCAAGGAUGUAGUGAGGGAGUAUAUCAUCUCAGCUAAGAAUGAUCUGGCGAACCAAAUCGUCUUGAAGAUGGCGAAGGAGGCUGAUCCCGCUGGGCAGAGGACCAUGGGUAUUAUCACUAAGCCUGACUGCCUCAUCAGUGGCUCCGGAAAUGAAAAGUUCUUCGCUUCUCUAGCCCAGAAUGAAGAGGUUGAGUUCCGCCUCGGAUGGCAUGUCUUGAAAAACCUAGACUCUGAGAAGGGUUCAUUCAGCUCGGCGAGACGCGACCGCGAGGAAGAGGAGUUCUUUUCAGUAGGCACCUGGCAGUACCUCCCUGCUCACUUGCUUGGAAUCUCCGAGCUCAGAACCCGGCUCAGCAAUGUCCUGAUGAGGCAAAUUGCCUCAGAGCUACCAAGUCUCGUCCAAGAAAUCGGGUCGAAGCUGAGGGUCUGCCAUGAGAGGCUCGAGAAUAUGGGCCAGCGCCGGGCGACCAAAGAAGAGCAGCAGCUUUACCUUGUCAAAGUCAGCCUGAUGUUCCAAGCAUUGACCAAGGCUGCAAUCGACGGCACUUACAACAACCCCUUCUUUGAAGAUGCUCAGUCUGACCGAGGUUACUGCCAACGAGCCCGUGCUGUGAUUCAGAACUCAAAUCAACAAUUUGCCAGAGAUCUUUCAGCUCGUGGCCAUUACCGCCAGAUCGUAGAGCUGCAGACCGAAGGCAGCGAAGAUGAAGAUCUGAGAGGAAGCGUGCAGAUUACCCGAGAUGCAUUCAUCACGCAUAUUCAGAACUUGAUGUUUCGAACACGGGGCCGCGAAUUGCCGGGUACUUUUAGUCCCAUGAUAGUUGAGGAUCUGUUCCGGGAGCAGUGCCGCCCAUGGGAAGCUAUCCUGCGAGAUCAUGUCGAGACGGUCGCAGCUGCGGCCAGGGAGCUCCUCAGCAUCGUUUGCACGCACAUAGCCGAUGACACCACCAGCAGCUUUCUCAUCAGGGAGAUUGUGGAUCCUGCUCUCGAGAGUAUCAUGAAAAUUUUGCAGUCCAAGGCUGACGAGCUCCUGCAGCCUCACAAGAACGGCCAUCCCAUAACGUACAAUCAUUACUUUACCGAGACGCUCCAGAAGGUUCGCGAUGAGCGCCGCAUGGCUGACGUCCGCAAAGCCCUGGCCCAAUGGCUGGACAAGGAUGAGGAUGAACUGGACACGAGUAGUUGCAAUUUGCGUGGCAGCUACAACUUACGUGGAUUGAUGGAAGCCCUCGCCAGUCGCAGUGAGCCAGACAUGGACCGCUUCGCAGCCUCCGAGGCACUAGAUUGUAUGGAGGCCUACUACAAGGUCGCUCUGAAGCGCUUCAUGGACGAUGUGGCGAUCGAGCUGGUCGAGGCCAAGCUCGUCCAAGUCCUUCCGGACAUCUUCUCGCCAAUGACAGUCUGGUCAAUGUCCCCGGACGUCGUGGGCCGCAUCGCGGGUGAAUCGGACGAGAAACUGCGUCGUCGUGAACAGCUUGAGAAGCAGAUAGAAGUCCUGGGCAAGGGCUCCGUCUCCUGCAAGCGCUUUGUGGGCAUGAAACUCGUUGAUGUGAUCAUUGAUGGAGCACGAGGCGCGGAGGCGACCAGCGAAGAGGAACCGGUCAGCGAGGAAGAGGAAUCGAUCAGUGCGGAGGAGCCGGCCAGCGAGGUUGACACGGACUUCGGUGGCCCACGGCGUCAUCACUCCCCUGAACGUGUUGCGAGUCCCGAUUUUGGCGGACGUUGGGCAAGCCGGUCUGCUUCUCCGGUCGACGAAGAGGUGCCUGCUCCCAUGCCGUACAGGUUUAGGGGCUGA